UCUCCCCCCCCCCAAGUAAGACUGUCUUACUGGGUCGAAAAAGAAACUUGAAACAAUGUCAUCCUCCUCCCUUGCUUGAGGAGGUAAUGCUGGGUCCAAACCGCCCAGAGACUGAGAAAGAGAGGAAGCUUCCAUGUACCGAGUCAGGCCAUUGGUCCCUCUAGCUCAGUAUGGUCCACACAGACUGGCAGCGGCUACUCCAAAGUUGCAGUCAGGGCUCUCCCCCAGCCCUAUCCUGGAGAUACUGCCAGGCAAGGAACUUGCCUAUUGGGCGGUAAUAUACACAUAGGUUAGAUAUAAAAUAAUAAACGAUGAAUGAUGAUGUGAGAGGGGCCGCCCCGCCACAGUCCUGGUGUGCGUGCGGCAGGAUUGCUCUUCCGAGACUGCCUGCCUGCUUCGCCCCACCGCCAAGGCUGCGCUGCCCUUCUCAAAGAUGGGUCCUGAGCAGCCUCCUUCCUCCCGGCGAAGCGGGAGGAGGUUCUGUCAGCUGCUGCUGAGAAGGAAGGGUUGAGGGAAACGCUGCUCUCCGAGGGGAGCUGCAGCCCCACGUGCCCUGGGCACCACGGCUUUCUGGUGAGGGGGCCAGCUCAGCUGCUCAGCUAGUGAGUCUGGGGCUGCUAUUCCCCUCCGCCCGCCCCACAGCCUGCCUCGCAGCCGCCCCUCCAGGAGUCUGACCCUGAACCCGAGAAAGAAGAGAAAGCUGCCCUCACAUGAUGACUACAGAGUCAGCCCCGAGCAUUUCUCCUCCUCCUUCUCCUGCUGCAGCUGACAGGUGUCAGGCAGAAAGAGACGAGGAGGGAGAGGACGGCUGGAAAACAAGCAGGCAGAGAGCCGCUAAAGCCCGCUGGAAGCUUCUCAGACAGGUUUUAAAGCAAAAACAUUUGGAGGGUGUGCACCUUCAGCAAGUAUCAGUGAGGAGAUUUGCUUCAUUCAGACUCUUCUCCAUAAGCAAAGAUGACGACAGGCUAAUAGAAGAUGACAAUGGGACCUGGGUUCACUACAAAAGCAUCUUUUAUCCUGAGUAUAGUAUAUCAUUAAAGCUUAACAGUAGGCUCUUAAAUGUUGAAGAUGUUCUGACAAGUUUUGACAACACAGGAAAUGUUUGUGUCUGGCCUUCUGAAGAGGUGCUAGCUUACUACUGCCUCAAGCACCACGAAAUGUUCAGGGGCCUUGCUGUGUGUGAGCUAGGAGGUGGCAUGACAUGCUUGGCUGGGCUCAUGGUUGCUAUUUCUGCAGAUGUCAAAGAAGUUCUGUUAACUGAUGGAAAUGAAAAGGCCAUCAAAAAUGUAAGAGACAUCAUCAGAAGAAACCAAAAGGCAGGAGUCUUCCGAGCCCAAGGAAUUUCAAGCUGCGUUUUACGAUGGGAUAAUGAGACAGAUGUCUCUCAACUGGAAGGACAUUUUGACAUUGUUAUGUGUGCUGACUGCCUGUUUCUGGACCAGUACAGAGCUAGCCUUGUGGAUGCAAUAAAGAGAUUACUCCAACCCAGUGGAAAAGCCAUGGUAUUUGCCCCUCUCAGAGGGAAUACUCUCGACCAGUUUUGCAAUCUAGCUGAAAAAGCUGGUUUCUCUAUCCAAAGACAUGAAAAUUAUGAUGAACACAUUUCAAACUUCCACUCCAAGUUGAAAAAAGAAGAAGAAAACAUUUAUGAUGAGAACCUUCACUACCCAUUUCUUCUUAUUUUAACCAAACAUACAUAGAAUGUGUGGCACAUAUAUUUUGAUUACAGGGGGGGAAAUAGCUCUAUGAAUGUGCCAUUUUAAGAAUGAUCCAAAGUUAUCACAGUUUGUUGAAAUGAGAAAACCCUGAGCUGUAUAGUAUACCAUUCAUAGAACUUCUGCAUUGGUUUUCUUUUUAAAAAGCAAGUCCGAUAAGACUUGGACAGCUUAAGAGCUCAGUUUCUCUCCUCUUGUGACUUUUUUCAGCCUGCACAGGGCUUCCUGGUUUUGACAGACCCCUGUUCCCCCCACCCACCCCCAUUCCAUUUGAAUGCUUAUAUUCGGUGGCUGUGUUUGACCAACUGUAAAACGCUAAAGGAUUUCUUGUUCUAGUAGGUAAGGAAAGACAUUCUGAUAAUUGAUGGCCAUUGUCCACAUUGCAUCAUACGUCUCUGCAUUUCAUGCUAUAUCUUUUUAUUAUUAUUAUUAUUUCUCAUUCUUGCUAUUUAAAUUUCCUUGAUGGGUUUUCUUCCUCUUUCCAAAGCAAAAUGCUUCAAACUUGCUUUGCUUGAUUACUUGACGUUUUUUGACAACAGGAUCUAUUUUUUGUUGUUGUUCUUUCCCUAUAGAUGUAUAAGAAAUUAUUGCCUCAAACCAAAGCCUCAUAAACUGACCAUUUGUCCUCUGGACACAAUGGCUUGGCCAGCCCUCUGCUCCUCCUCUCCAAUUAUGUGUGAUUAGUCUCAGUGUGUUGUGUCAAGAAGGGGGAGUGUGCUGAGUACUUAUUAUCUGUUUAGGUACAAGAAGAGAGCUCUGGCUAUGAAUGAAAAAAGCCAGCCUUUAUCAGUACUGCAAUCUAACUGCAACUGUUCCACAGACCUCUUGUUAAAAAUAGAUCCUUGCCUGAGAAAUUCUGAAUGCUAUAGCAACUGUGGGAUUUCCUUUGCUCCCACACCCCUCAAAAAUAUGUUUCAAUAUCUUGUUUAAGCUUCUGUAGUUCACAUAUUACAUUAAAAACAUUCACUUCCCAGAAACAGCGGCUGCCUUUCAAAGGACAAGGGAAAGCAGUAUUCUCCUUGGUUUAAAGAAGAAUUUUUGACACUUUCAAAAGCUGGCGACCUGUAUUUUUGAAAUUUCUAAACCUCAAAUUCCCUUUUCCCUCCUGGUUUUAAAAAGGAAUCCUGGCAACAUCACAUAUUAAUGCAGUUCAUUGUACAAUUUAUUGGUGAAAUACAUUAAAAUAAUUACCUUUGGAUUGUUGCUGUUCCUUCCCGGCUUAACAAAUUGAGUUGCACAGAAAAGUCUUGCUGCCUUCCCUGCUCUCCUCCAAUGUAUUUCUUCCCCACCAGUUUGCAUGUCCUUGUAUUCAACACUUUUUUUAUGCUCCAUUAGAGCACCUAUAUGGAUCUUGGAAGGCACAGGUCAAGUCGCAGUUAGAUCACACAUUUCUUUCUCACAAAAACCUGAAUUGCAAUGCCAAGUGAUGGGCUAACAUCACAAUAACAGCAAUUUAUUCCUCUUUUGAUAAAACAGCAGUCUAUUCUCAGUGUUGGAUAAAGACCAGGGGCAAUGCAAACCAGCCAUUUAUCCUAGUAUUUCAGUAGUAGAUCUCCUUUUAUGGAUUUUAUGGAUUUCACAUUGAGCCUCUUACUGUGUGGAAUUUCUGCUAAGAAAUGAUAAGAAUUUAGGGAUGGCAGAGGGUUGUCAUAGAGAGAACUCUCCUUCAAUCAGGAUGUGUUCCAUAGGUACAUAUAUCAACAAGGUAUCCGUUCACUAGAAAUCUCAUCAGGGACCAGGGAAAAUAGGCCAAAGUACAAAAAAACCCUGCCUCUAUAUAAGAGCUUAAGACAAAUGGAUGAACCUGCCAACUUUUAUCUAAUGACCCUGGAAAUUAUUACUCCAUUCUUUAUUCCUCUGAGGAGAUAACAAGUAUAUCAAAAUGAACAACUAAUUAUUGUUGUUUGUUUCUUUUCCCCUGCCUGUCAUGUCAGUACAAGCUGGUGUCUCAAAUGCAGGCUAUUAUCCCAUAAGGGUUUAAUUGAAGGGGUCUUAAGAACACGAUCCUGCAAACAUUUAUGCAUUGAGGCUGAAUAGUGAGGCUAAAUUGCUCAUGCAUAUAAUUGGUGAAAGGACCUUGGAGGCCCUAUGGUCGCAUUGGCUGUUUAUGCUCAUUGGAUGACAUCAACAUUUUGCUUCGGUUCUUCUUUUCAGUCCCUACUGUAAGAGAAAUAAUAGAGGUGGCCUUUUUGUAACUUGUGCUUUCUUACUGGGUAUCCUUCCGGAUUAUUUUUUUACAUUGGACUAACUAGCUCUACAGUAUAUUAUUGACAUUUCGGUGGUGUUUCUACUCUCUCAAUAAUAUUAAUAAAGCUUUUUGUAAAAUGUA